AUGAGUUUUAGUAGUAUACAAAAAUGUGCGGCUGCUCUUAGGUAUUUGGGAUACGAUUGGUUUUCUGCAUGUGUUUAUGAGGUUUUUCACGAAGAAUAUUUGCGUAAACCUACUCAACGUGAUAUUGAGAGAUUAUAUUCGGCUCAUGAAGAGAGGCAUGGAUUUCCCGGUAUGCUUGGCAGUCUAGAUUGUACGCAUGUGGCUUGGGAAAAAUGUCCAACUGCAUGGCGUGGUCAGUUCACUCGAGAAGAUAUAGGUGAACCAACUAUCAUCCUAGAAGCUGUUGCAUCUCAAGAUUUGUGGAUAUGGCAUGCCUUUUUUGGAGUAGCGGGGUCUAACAACGACCUUAAUGUUCUUGGUCAGUCUCCACUUUUCAACGAUAUUUGGACCGGCAAAGCACCUGAUAUGAUGUUCACGGUAAACGGGCACGCGUACAAAUAUGGUUACUACCUUGGUGAUGGGAUAUACCCGAAUUAUUCUACAUUGAUGAAGGCAUACUCAGUUCCUCGAAGUGAAAAAGCAAAAUUGUUUACAAAAAAACAGGAAUCAGCGAGAAAGGAUAUCGAGAGGGCAUUUGGAGUCCUUAAGCAAACAUGA